AUGGUCACCACCAAACCCUCAACACCUGCUACCGCAUCGUAUCCCACACUCAUGUCGAAACGGCGUACCUACAAUCCCUUAUUACAUGUUGCAGCACCUACUCUCAACCAUACUGUCUAUGAAUCCUCUCCUCAUGGUGCCAUGAAGAAUAGUGUUACGGGUACCAAGGUAUCAAAAGCUUUAUCAUCCACUGAUGCCAUCACAACACCAAAAACCACAGAAACAGCAACAAACUCCUCCACAUGCUCAACUGUUUGA